AUCGUCGAGGCAAACGGAUGCUACUGCUACGUUGAUCGUGCGGUGUUUGGUUUCGGUGAUUUGAAGGCAGAUGCUGAAGUGUGAUCUGAUCUGCCAAACGGCGAUUUUCUUCGAUAACUAAGUCACUAGACGCUAUUGUUAACGAUUCAAAAAAGUGCUAUUGUCAACUUCAGUCAAGUGAGGAAUUUCUGACUCAUUUAAUUAAUUAACUGUGCCUCGAAAAAGAAGCAACAACAACGACGGUGAAACAGUGGAUCAGAACCGGUUCCAGAAGAAUUUAUUAUCAUCUCGUGAAACGGGGUGAUGUAAUUCGGUAACCGUGAAUAGCGAAGACCAGUUGACUUUCGUUGUUCGUGAAAGAGUAGUGAUUGACGAAGUGAAAAUCGAUUUUUGAAUACAGAGAAGAAGGUCAGUGAACGGAAAUGUCCAACACGAACGAGACCGACAAAUAUGUUGAAAUUGUUAUCGAAGAAGCAGCCGGCAACAGCAUUGGCAACGAGACGGACACGAAACCGACAGCCACUGUGGUGCCGGUAGUUCCGGAAGUGGUCAACUUACCAAAGGAGGAAGCCAGGCCACCAAAGUCCAACAGCAGUGGCACCCGGGGACGGCAGUUGAAACCAGACUCGAACGGAACUCGCAGCAGAUCGGGCAGCCGAUCGCCCAAUCGCCGUACUCGCCGCGACACCGACGCCGCCCAGAACGAUGCCGUUCCACUGCUGCCGGUCGACGAGGGUCGUUUGCCGAGGCAGAAGCCCCCCUUAGCCGGUCCCGAGAUGGACGUAGAUGAUAGACCGUCCAAUGGACCGAACGAUAACCGAGGAAUCGAUGACGGAUUUCUACCGGAAAAGCCAACUCGGGAUGACCGUGAUCGGGACGUUGACCGAAGGAAACCCGGCAGAAGGGACAGCUACCCACCUUUUCCGUAUGCACCCGAGUAUGGACCACAGUUACCACCGGUUAUACAAACGGCAGAUGGGGCGCGGAUAAUUCCAGAUGUGAACGUGUAUCAACAGAAAAAGAAUCUCGCCCAAGGUAUGAUGGAUCUGGCACUGCUCUCGGCCAAUGCCAAUCAGCUGCGCUAUGUACUUGAAUCGUACUCGCGGCAUCCCUACUUCUACUUCAGCUUGGUGUUCAUCUCGACCAGCAUCAUCUGCCAGGUGGCCGUUGGAAUUGGACUUAUUUGGAAGAGUCGAUACAACAUUAAGAAUGAGGACGACUUUUGCAAAGCGGAUCGCAUUAAUAACAUGAUCACGAUAGGAAUCUUUUUGAUAACGCUGGUAAACGUGCUCAUAUCGGCGUUCGGGGUGGCGGAACCGACACAGUCGGUGUAGUUUUCGAAUGGCUUCUGAAGUCGAAACAUUGGUCAAUGACAUUCACAAGUGAUACGCAUUUAAGUUGUUCAUUUCAUGAUGACGCGAAUCUCAUAUU